AUGUCUCUGCCCUAUCAAAAAGUCUUGUUGGUCGGAGCGACCUCAGGAAUCGGUGCAGCUUUGGCGGACAAACUUGUCGAGAAUGGCACUUUCGUCAUCGCUGCCGGUAGAAGAAAGGAGAACCUCGACAGGUUCGUCGCCAAGCACGGCGCAACUAAGGCCGCAGCAACUGUUGUGGAUAUUCUCAAGUUGGAGUCGAUCCCGGAGUUUGCUGCUUCCAUAAUAAAUGAGCACCCUGACCUCGAUUGUGUCUUCCUAAACGCCGGAGUUCAGCGAGGUAUCGAUUUCACCAAGCCUGAAAACGUUAGCCUGGACACUGUCUACGAUGAGCUUCUCGCAAAUUACCUCUCCCACGUCUACUUAACCAAAGCCUUUCUUCCUCAUCUCUCAAAGCAAGACAAGCAGACCAGCCUGCUUUACACAACAUCUCAGCUCGGCCUCAUCCCGAUGAAGCGGUGCCCCAACUACAGCGGCUCCAAGGCUGCCAUGCACGGCUUCAUCCUCGCACUCAGAUCCCAGCUCAAAGACGCAUCUUCAAAUGUCAAGAUUGUCGAAGUUUACCCGCCUGCAGUGCAGACUGAACUGCACGAUGCCAAGAACCAGCCUGACUUGAAGAACGGCCAUGCUAUCGGCAUGCCGGUGGACGAAUUCGCCAACGAGGUCUACCAUAGAUGGGUCAAUGGAGAUGAUCAGAUCCCGGUUGGAACCGCGAAGCCCAUGUUUGAUGCAUUUGAGAACAAGAGACAAGAUUAUUACGAGAGCUUUAAUGACGAGAUGGACAAGGUUUUGGUAGACUUUACCGUUUGA